AUGCAGGGUCACCCUCUGCCCCAGCUGUCCAAGUGUUUAUUGAUCAGUGAUAACCCUGAGGGGAGGAGGGGAGGCAAAUCAUAACAACUAGCACCUGCCCUGGCCAGCCCUGCCCUGCAAACUGAGCUGAGCCUAGGACUCAAUGCUUACUGCAUCCAAAUGAGCCAUAAUAGUGUCAAACAAAGUUAACAUGACAGGCUGGGCUGAUAUGUUUUGUCAUAAUCACAGUCCCAGUGAGCUGUGUUAGAGAGACUGGGACUCUCAACACAUUACCAAAUUCAAUGGCAGGCCUAUGGGUAAUAUGAUAACAGCACACAAGGAUAGUUUAUGUGUGAAACAGCCCAGCUUUUCAGCUGUUUAGUCCAAUUAAGGCAGACAUGAUCUAAGGCAUUGGUUCUCAAACUGUGGGGCACGCCCCCUAUGGGAAAGAGAGAGGGGGGGUCGGCCGUGGAACUCAGUUUGGCUUUAAACGUACUCUUAAAAGUUGUAAUAGUAGAAUCCACAAGGUGCAAUUUCGAAAUUGGGUAGGGCGUCAGCAGUUCCUCUUUUCAUGUUAGUCAUUGCAUACCUUAGAGAGCUAUUUAUAACGUGUCAGAAAUGUCCAGAUCAACUAGCUAACGUUUUUUUAUUUAGGUCUUUUAGUCACUCAAACAUCACAUGAAUACACAUUAGACAAAAAUUUAUAGAAUUGCAAGAAGAUUUGCUUUAAAACUGCAACAUUUUCUUUGCACCCCAUGACAAAAUGUGUAGAAUUGCAGGAAAUAAGCUUUAAACCUGCAAAAGAGGGGUGUGAGCAGUUUGUGUCAUGAACAGUGCUUGUGCCCAUAGAAAUAGAUGUGGCGCAUUGCUAAAAUAUGAAAAUACUACAUGUCACGUCUCAAAAUCGAUAUCUAUCUUACGUCUAUAGUGUUUUAUGUCCUGCGGGUUCAGGAAGAAAGAUGACGAGUUCAACGGAAAAGUGAGCCUGUCAGGUAGCCUUCAUUCUCGCACAGCCGAGCUGACGCAAUGCUGUGCAAUUUUCCUUAUUUCUUUUUUCUCAGGCCUCUAUUGAUUUAGUCACCCUAAUUUUGGCCAUCCUACAAGGGCAUAAGAGAUUUUUUGAUGUACGGAUUCCAUGAACUGAUACACAAAACGACACCGUAUUCAAAACAUAGCAUUUUUCAAUUUAAAAGAUUAUACAAAAUACUUGCAACCAAUAGAAUGUUAUAUAUUUGGGGGAUACAACCAUCACUGCAGAUUUUGCUGCGAAGAGACAAAAUCAUUAGAUCAUUUGUUUUGGUACUGUCCAUAUGUACAGUGCCCUGCAAAAGUAUUCAUCCCCCUUGGCGUUUUUCCUAUUUUGUUGCAUUACAACCUGUAAUAAAAAAUGGAUUUUUAUUUGGAUUUCAUGUAAAGGACAUACACAAAAUAGUCCAAAUUGGUAAAGUGAAAUUAAAACAAUAACUUGUUUCAAGAAAUUCUCAAAAAUAAAUAACAGAAAAGUGGUGCAUGCAUAUGUAUUCACCCCCUUUGCUAUGAAGCCCCUAAAUAAGAUCUGGUGCAACCAAUUACCUUCAGAAGUUACAUAAUUUGUUAAAUAAAGUCCACCUGUGUGCAAUCUAAGUGUCACAUGAUCUGUCACAUGAUCUCAGUAUACAUAUCCACCUGUUCUGAAAGGCACCCAGAGUCUGCAACACCACUAAGCAAGAGGCACCACCAAGCAAGCGGCACCAUGAAGACCAAGGAGCUCUCCAAACAGGUCAGGGACAAAGUUGUGGAGAAGUACAGAUCAGGGUUGGGUUAUAAAAAAAUAUCAGAAACUUUGAACAUCCCACAGAGCACCAUUAAACCAUUAUUUAAAAAUGGAAAGAAUAUGGCACCACAACAAACCUGCCAAGAGAGGGCCGCCCAUCAAUACUCACGGACCAGGCAAGGAGGGCAUUAAUCAGAGAGGCAACAAAGAGACCAAAGAUAACCCUGAAGGAGCUGCAAAACUCCACAGCGGAGAUUGGAGUAUCUGUCCAGAGGACCAUUUUAAGCCAUACACUCCACAGAGCUGGGCUUUACGGAAGAGUGGCCAGAAAAAAGCCAUUGCUUAAAGAAAAAAAUAAGCAAACACGUUUGGAUUUCGCCAAAAGGCAUGUGGGGGACUCCCCAAACAUAUGGAAGAAGGUACUCUGGUCAGAUUAGACUAAAAUUGACACAGUGAAGCAUGGUGGUGGCAGCAUCAUGCUGUGGGGAUGUUAUUCAUCGGCAGGGACUGGGAAACUGGUCAGAAUUUAAGGAAUGAUGAAUGGCGCUAAAUACAGGGAAAUUCUUGAGGGAAACCUGUUUCAGUCUUCCAGAGAUUUGAGACUGGGACGGAGGUUCACCUUCCAUCAGGACAAUGACCCUAAGCAUACUGCUAAAGCAACACUCAAGUGGUUUAAGGGGAAACAUUUAAAUGUCUUGGAAUGGCCUAGUCAAAGCCCAGGCCUCAAUCCAAUUGCGAAUCUGUGGUAUGACUUAAAGAGUGCUGUACACCAGCAGAACCCAUCCAACUUGAAGGAGCUGGAGCAGUUUUGCAUUGAAGAAUGGGCAAAAAUCCCAGUGGCUAGAUGUGCCAAGCUUAUAGAGAUACCCCAAGAGACUUGCAGCUGUAAUUGCUGCAAAAGGUGGCUCUACAAAGUAUUGAAUUUGGGGGGGGGGGGGGGGGGGGUGAAUAGUUAUGCACGCUCAAGUUUUGUUUUUUUGUCUUAUUUCUUCUUUGUUUCACAAUAACAAAUAUUUUUCAUCUUCAAAGUGGCAGGCAUGUUGUGUAAAUCAAAUGAUACAAACCCCCAAAAAAUCAAUUUUAAUUCCAGGUUGUAAGGCAACAAAAUAGGGAAAAUGCCAAAGGGUGUGAAUACUUUCACAAGCCGCUGUAGCUUGUUUUUGGUCGCAGGUUCAGGAAUGGCUGAACUAUUGCAACAUUUACCUGGAGCUAACUCUGCAAAUAGCACUGCUGGGUGAUUUGAAAAGUCAUAGUCAAUCUCUCAAUAAUAUAAUAAUACUCUUAGCAAAAAAGUUUAUCUUUAAUUUACAUCUGUAGAAACUAUGAGAAUAGAAAGGUUCAGAACUUUUGUGAAACAUCAAAGCACAUUUGAAAAAUAUAUGGCAAAUAGAAAAACUGGAUGGUGUUCAGAGAUAGAUGGGAGGGGUUGAGUGGAGCUGAAGGGUGGGACUAAAAAUAACAAGAUAACUAAUGUAAAAUAUACUGUGUCCGUGAAAUGAAUAUAGUAUGUAUAAGCUGGAAGAAGUAGAAGCCUAAGUGUUGUUGUCCAUUAGUUUACUCCAAUUAGAGGAGGGGUGGUAUAUUUUAAAUAUACACUACCAGUCAAAAGUUUUAGAACACCUACUCAUUUAAGGGUUUUUCUUUAUUUUUACUAUUUUCUACAUUGUAGAAUAAUAGUGAAGACAUCAAAACUAUGAAAUAACACAUAUGGAAUCAUGUAGUACGCAAAAAAGUGUUAAACAAAUCAAAAUAUUUUAUAUUUGAGAUUCUUCAAAGUAGACACCCUUUGCCUUGAUGACAGCUUUGCACACUCUUGUCAUUCUCUCAACCAGCUUCACCUGGAAUGCUUUUCCAACAGUCUUGAAGGAGUUCCCACAUAUGCUGAGCACUUGUUGGCUGCUUUUCCUUCAAUCUGCGGUCCGACUCAUCCCAAACCAUCUCAAUUGGGUUGAGGUUGGGGGAUUGUGGAGGCCAGGUCAUCUGAUGCAGCACUCCAUCACUCUCCUUCUUGGUCAAAUAGCCUGGAGGUGUGUUGGGUCAUUGUCCUGUUGAAAAACAAAUGAUAUUCCCACUAAGCCCAAACCAGAUGGGAUGGCAUAUCGCUGCAGAAUGCUGUGGUUGCCAUGCUGGUUAAGUGUGCCUUGAAUUCUAAAUAAAUUCUAAAUAAAUCACAGACAGUGCAACGCUCCCCAUCCAACCUGACAGAGCUUGAGAGGAUCUACAGAGAAGAAUGGGAUAAACUCCCCAAAUACAGGUGUGCCAAAGAAGAAUCGAGGCUGUAAUCGCUGCCGAAGGUGCUUUAACAAAGUACAGAGUAAAGGGUCUGAAUACUUAUGUAAAUGUGAUAUUUUUGAUAAAUUUGCUAAAUAAAAAAAAUAAACAAAUGUUUUUGCUUUGUCAUUAUGGGUUAUGGUGUGUAGAUUGAUGAGGGGGAAAACAAUUUAAUCCAUUUUAGAAUAAGGCUGUAACGUAACAAAAUGUGGAAAAAGUCAAGGGGUCUGAAUACUUUCCGAAUGCACUGUAUAUAAGGUCCCACAGUUGACAGUGCAUGUCAGAGCAACAACCAAGCCAUUAGGUAGAAGGAAUUGUCCGUAAGGCUCCGAGAUAGGAUUGUGUCGAGGCACAGAUCUGGGGCAGGGUACCAAGAAAUGUGUGCAGCAUUGAAGGUCCCCAAGAACACAGUGGCCUCCAUCAUUCUUAAAUGGAAGAAGUUUGGAACCACCAAGACUCUUCCUAGAGCUGCCUGCCCGGCCAAACUGAGCAAUCGGGGGGAAAGGGCCUUGGUCAGGGGGGGUGACCAAGAACCCGAUGGUCACUCUGACAGAGCUCCAGAGUUCCUCUGUGGAGAUGGGAAAACCUUCCAGAAGGACAAGUCCUUUAUGGAAAAGUGGCCAGACGGAAGCCACUCCUCAGUAAAAGGCACAUGACAGCCCGCUUGGAGUUUGCCAAAAGACACCUAAAGGACUCUCAGACCAUGAGAAACAAGAUUCUCUGGUCUGAUGAAACCAAGAUUGAACUCUUUGGCCUGAAUGCCAAGCGUCACGGCUGGACGAAACCUGGCACCAUCCCUACAGUGAAGCAUGGUGGUGGCAGCAUCAUGCUGUGGGGAUGUUUUUCAGCGGCAAGGACUGGGAGUCUAGUCAGGAUCAAGGGAAAGAUGAACGGAGCAAAGUACAGAGAGAUCCUUGAUAAAAACCUGCUCCAGACUGCUCAAGACCUCAGACUGGGGCAAAGGUUCACCUUCCAACAGGACAACGACCCUAAGCACACAGCCAAGACAACACAGGAGUGGCUUUGGGACAAGUCUCUGAAUGUCCUUGAGUGGCCCAGCCAGAGCCCGGACUUGAACCCGAUCGAACAUCUCUGGAGAGACCUGAAAAUAGUGGUGCAGCGACGCUCCCCAUCCAACCUGACAGAUCUUGAGAGGAUCUGCAGAGAAGAAUGGGAGAAACUCCCCAAAUACAGGUAUGCCAAGCUUGUAGCGUCAGACCCAAUAAGACUAGAGGCUGUGAUCACUGCCAAAGGUGCUUCAACAAGUACUGAGUCAAGGGUCUGAAUACAUGUGUAAAUGUGAUAUUUCUGUUUUUUAUUUUUAAUACAUUUGCAGACAUUUCUCUUAAAACGGUUUUUGCUUUGUCAUUAUGGGGUAUUGUGUGUACAUUGAUGAGAAAAAAAUACGAUUUAAUCUAUUUUAGAAUAAGGCUGUAGCAUAACAAAAUGUGAAAAAAAGUCAAGGUGUCUGAAUACUUUCCGAAUGCACUGUAUAUGGGUGAUUGGAAAUGAUGCAGACAAUUACAUUGAUGGAAGCCACAAUCUAUCUGAAAUAUUAAAGCUGCUCUAACCCCUAAAUAUUUCUUUUUUUCAUUAACAAGUAUAUCCAAAAAGUCGUUUUUUGUAAAUUAAUACAUCCAAUAAUAAGCACCGAGCUCUGUUGACAGAGCUGCGAAGCUUUCUUGCAACUACUUUUGAGGAUUUUACAUGUUGUGGUGGUCGUUUUCAAAGGGUUGCAAAAAGAAAAAUUAGCAUUACACGAGCUGAAUUAAAUGUAAAAGGCUUUGAAAAUAAAAAGCUUGCGGUACACUCAUUUCACAGAGAUACAGUUGUUUUUGAGAAAUCUUUGAAAAAUAACAGGAAUUUUGCGUUAAUAUGAAAAGCGUAUACUAAAAUGUGAAAAUACUACAUGUCAUGUCUCAAAAUCGAUAUCUAUCUUACGUCUAUAUUGUUUUAUGUCCUGCGGAUUCAGGAAGAAAGAUGACGAGUACAACGGGAAAGUGAGCCUGUCAGGUAGCCUUCAUUCUCGCACAGCAUCCAGUUUAGCUGACAGGAUGCUAUGCAAUUUUUUUUCUUUUCUUUUUCUGGCCUCCACUGAUUUACCCAAUUAACAUUUUACCAAUUGGUCAAAAUAGGCGUUAUUGGUUGGACACCCUAUAUAAUUACAUUUUCUUGCCAAAUGCAUGCCUAUCUAGAACAAACCCAACAAUGUCAUCCUAAAUAUGAACAUAACAUUUUGCCACAGACUGUUGGCAUUAGGCCUACAUCUGUUUAAAAAAAGUAUCUGGUCAUAGCAAAAAGAUUGUGUGGGCAUAGUGUAACAACCCAGUUGUUACAGUUUUAGUAGCCUACAACUUUCAAUGUUUUUUCUAAUUCAUAAUAUCAUUGACAUGACUCUUAUUAUAUCGUAUAAGUACUAGGCUGUAAACCCUUUGUGUUCACUUGUUCUUACUUUCAUUGACGGCAAUUCAGUCAGCUGAGCAUAAGCUACAAACCAAAGCUGUCUCAUGCACGAGGGAAAUUCCCAUCCACGUGUCUGAAUACACGAUUUGGAAGCAGGAUCAAAACAAACCCUCUGAUUGGUUAUAGGAACAAAAUGCUAAAGAGCUCUUAAAGGGCCAUACACUACUUACGUUGUAACGCCAAAGACACUCUGUGGUAACACAAUUAAAAAUAGCCUCACAUACUGCUGUUUCUUUAAGACCACUUUAUUUACUUUUUUUUAUGUUCACGCCCAGUAUUUGAGGGCGGAGAGAUUUUGUAGCUGAUGCCUGCGAAUGAAAUCAGCUUGUUGCCAUUUGUCUCACAGAAUCAAAGUUGCGGUGGAGUGAUACGGACUAAAUCCUCUUGGGUUUACAGUGAACAGAGACCAUUUACAAUUUUCUAUACACCGGUAAUAUCAUCGAAGGACAUAUCUUGUGGUGAGUUCCGAGUCAUAAUGUAUCAAAUAAGAUUGAACAGUGUCAUUCACCUGUUGUUGUUUUUUAUUUUAGCUUUGUUUUGCUGGUCUGCCUGUGCUGUAAAUUCUUGGACAUUGUGUCAUCAUUGAGUCGCGCUACAUUGUGUCUCUAACACCACCCACGGUAAAGUGAAUUUACCGACCCAUUCAUUAUGUGUGGCUAUUUCUCACCGGUAUAGGACAUUAGAUGGAUAUUGGACUAUUGGCUUGACAGUAGUUGCGGGUUGUUGUGAUAUGGCAAAACAAUCGUGGCCAGCUACAUAACAUAGUCUUUUUUAUUUUGUGUGCGCGUGGAAUUGGCAUUCCCUCGCUUUAGAGCUUCGGUCUGUCGGCACGGUGUCGGCAUUUGCAGCGUCUCCAAUGGUUUUACUCAAACUCUAAACAAGCAAGCAAUUUUUCCAAGGACUCAAGUUGGAAAAUAACACAUAUAUGUAGCCUAAUGCGUUCAAAUGUGCUUAAUAAACAAAUUAAUUAGCAAGUGUAAUAAGACAGCUAUUACAGGUUGCUUCAAAAUAAUCAGAGCGUGUCACGAAUCUUACGAUACAGCAGAGGAUAAAGAUUAACUGCGGCCGCACAAUAAAUGAUGUAAAAUGCUUGACAGUUGAGAUAGAAAGUUGUCAUUUUCAUAUCUCACAGCUCAGUGUCUCUUGACUUAUGAUGAACCAUAGCCUAUAGGCUACUACUGUCCGUUACCUGAAUAGUUUUAGUGUCCUUUGCUCAACACAUCUGGAAGUGAUGUCUUGAGUGAUAGUAGGCUAUUUGUGAAUCCAUUGAGCCCAAUACAGCAGGGGGAGCUGGUUGACACACACUUGAGGGAGCAGACUUUGGUCUGUGGCAGAGAACUGAAUGGUAGUUGUAACAAAAUACCAGCAGAGUAUAAUUUUGUGCAACUUCCAUGUUCUUGUAUUGUGUUUGUCAAAACAACGCACUAAGUGGUUUUGCAUGUAGUGCUUAUUGGGAAUGCAUACAGGGUGCCAUAGCAAACCUCAUUACACAGAAUAAUAGGCACUGAAGAGACUGAGGCAAAUCUCUUUGGGUGAAGAAAUGAAAAAGCAUCCUCAGAACCUGGCAUGUUGACAAAUCCAAGGAGAGAAGAAGAGAGUGGCUCCGUCUCUCUCCCUCCAAGGCUGUCAUUACCCAUUUGUGUCAGACUCUCAUAUGAAAGUGUAUAGUGGUGUGGUAGUAGCCUAACCCUAUAUUACAGUAUUGAUGGAGAGUUCUGAAAGGGUUCACGAGGCUACUUACAUUUCAGCAGUAUUUUGAUAACACUUUGACCCCCAUAUCGCCGAAGGCUGUGUGAUACUGUGAAUUAACCAAGCAGAGAGAUUGUUGUCUGCUCUGCUAGCCAAGGGCCUCAGGAUAAUCCUAGCAUGAAACACUGCCAGUACUGGAGGGAUCCUCAAGUUGAUCUUGCAGCAAUGUUGUAGAGAAGCUUUUCACUUUUUUUCUUCCCUUCUAUCCCAUUUUAUUUUACAAAUCUCAUUAGAAGUGUAGACCUAUUCAUUAUGAGCAAGUCUCUAGACCAAGCUUCAGACUUGUCAUUUAACCCUUUUCGUCAUAUUUGCAAGUCUAGGCUUUGUUGUCUCGGCUACUCUGCAUGGUAUAGUCUCAAGCCAUUGGACUGUAUGAGGGACCAAGCUAGCCACAGGUCCGCUGGGUUGAGGUCGGAGAGAGAUGGAGACUGCCUCUCACUCAACCCUGUCUGCCAACCCCCCCAUUUUGGUACAUUUAGCCAACAAGUCUCCUAACCACAGCCAAUUGUGUGGUUUGAUCACUAUGACGAGCUGAGCGAUUUGUCUAAAUCAGCACUGUGCUUCACAACCACAGACUGAGCAGAGCUCUGCUAGCUUUCUGUUCCACAUAGAUCUCCUCCACUGACUGCGCUCUUCUCUGUCUGGAUCAGCCAGCAUGGCCUUUAUUUAUAGAAGGGUUGUUAUUAUGGAUUAGUGAGGUUGUCUUUAAUGGUAAUUAUUGUUCUGACCAAAUGACCAAGUACAUUUACAGAAUGGUGAAUGUUCUCUAUGGCCCUGCCUGAGGUAAUCUCAUUAGUACAGACACAGACAUGUUUAGAAUCCACAUUGAUUUGAAGGUAAAGAUCCCAAUUUGUCAAUGUCAAUACAGUAGUCAAUGGAAGUCUUAGCAGAGCAAUAUGCCUAACUCCCUCUUCAUUUAUCUCUCUCUCUUCUCCAUCUAGGCAGGACUUAGCAGAUUUCUGCCGUAUGGAUGAUGAGGAGGAUGAUGUGUUUGUGCCAGACUCCUCCCACUGCUGGCGCACAGCCUUCAGGGAGAUAAAGUACGAGGACAGGGGCACCCAGACGCCCAGCCCUGCCCUGGCACUGCCCAACGACAUGCUGCCCUGUGGGGUGGCCCAGGAGCCCAGACCACUCUUCUACGGUAAGGCCUACAAAAACACGCAUGCAUGCACGCACACAAACAAACACAGUGUGAGAAAUAGGUAAGAGUGGAACUCUGCUGUAGUCAGCUCCUGGCGCCUGAUAGUCCCAACCACAGAAGCUUUUAUGACCUGUGUGUAGUGUACCCAGCUGCUUUCCCAUUCAGAUGGCGCCACAUCAGGUGAUUUAGCCUGGCCCUGUGCAGUCCGUGACGACAGGCCAUACCUGUAUAACUGACCCUUUACGAGGACACCAUGGUACUGUCUGUCAGUGAUGCCCUCUUUGUCCUGUCACACUACAGAUAACGCUGGUAAUGGAAAAGAUUACUGUAUGUAAACUUUGGAGUGUUAUGAGUUGCAGAGCAUAUAAAAUUGACGUAACCAGUAUAUAUGGCCUUUUUGCUACAGGCAACGCAGGCUUUCGAUUGCACUUCCCAGCGCGGUUUGAGCAGGUUGGAGACCAGGGGCCUCAGGAGCGGCAUCAGGGGGAGAGAGGGAGGAUGGAAAGGCUUCAACAGCAGCCUCAGCAGCCAGCACAAAGCAUGGAGGUCUGCAUUGGACAGAAACUCCAACUCAUCGGAGACCAGUUCCACCAAGAACACCUUCAACUGGUGAGGAUACCCACUGUGACUGACUGCACAACACAGCUAAAGCACACUGGAUAGGCCUACUGUACUCAGGGGCCUGCAGAGAGAGUGAGCACCAGAAGUGGCUUCUUUAGGGGCAUCCAUUGUAGGCAUGUCUAAGUGUCCCAUGUUUGUAUUGGCCAGUUAGUGAACAUGCAUUAGCCCAGUGUUCUGACCUCUUGUUCUAACCUCCAAGACACAGCUUAACCAGAGCAGCCCCUCCCCCUCCCCCACUAACCCCUCCCAUGCCUCAGCUUCCUGUUUAUUUGUCUCUGCCUCUCUCCCCCCAUUUCCUCCCUAUGCUGCCACGGCGAUACAGGGGGCAUGAAGGAGUCCAUAACAGACAUUAUGGUCAGGGUGACACUGCUAGUUACUGUGCUGACUGCGUUGAAGAGCUCAGACUGUAACUCUCUUGACAUCACUGGAGGCUGGUUGGAGGAGCUAUAGGAGGACAAGCUCAUUGUAAUGGCUGGAAUGGAAUUAAUGGAACGGAGUCAAACGUGGUUUCCAUAUGUUAUUCCAUUCCAGCCAUUAUAAUGAGCCUGUCCUCCUAUAGCUCCUACCACCAGCCUCCACUGAUGUCAAGAGAGUUACAGUCUGCUCUGCUUGACAUACUAUACAUUUGGUUGUAUUGGUGGUAGAACUGUGGAUCUUUGAGAUUUUCGUUCUGCAGAGCACCAAUGGCACGUUUUGAGGAGAAGGAAACACUAAGGGAGUCAUCAAGCAGCAAAAACUAAAGGCACACACUUACACACAUAAACACACUCAACACACUCUCACACAGAGAAAAAGCAGAAGUGGCCGGACUAGGUAAACGUGUUGUAACCCGAAGCUUGGUGCGUGAGCCCGGGGGAACAGAUGUGGUUAGGGAGUCUCCAGCCAGUCCUGCCGAUCAGUCGCCCCCACCACCAACAAAAGACACCCAAAUAAGAGGGCUGUGUGUCUGGAGGAGGGGCCGGGAGGGGCCCACUCACUUAAUGCACACCCAAUCUAAUGAGCUUAGGAGUUUGGAGCAUAUCUGACCAACUAAAGACAACCGUCUUGAAUUUCCUCAAAAUCUCUUUCAUGAAGUGCAUGGACCUCUUCAGUCUUAUAUAGGUAGAUAUUCAAGGAUUUAUUUGGGCUCUGAAACUAGAUUUUUGCAAUCAGAUUUGUGUAACUAAGCUGACUUCUUAUUCUCUGAUGUGUUUCUGAUUUUUUCCCCACACUCAUGCUGGAUUAUUAAUACCACAGACUGCUGUCCUGUAGCCACAGUGCACCGUGACUCAUCUGAUGUGACACAGGAAGUUAAAGGCAGAGUCAGGCAGGCUUUAUGUUAUCAGGGCUGUGAUACACUGACUGACGCACAGCAGAGACAGGCCAGACCAGGCCAGGGGAUGAGGAAGUGGCUCUUGCACUCUCCUUACUCACUGGGUAAACACAACAACAAGUGAGAGUAGACAGAGUGAGAACUCUGUGAUAUCAUAUCCUGAAGCUGCAGAGCUCUUGCGCACAUACACUCACACACUGCUAACCCUAGCAAGUUAAGGAAAAAAACAAAUGUGUGAGGAUACUUUUUUUUUUUUCAAAGCCCAGAGAAUAGUGGAUCUGGAAUAUUGACUUUGGCAACCUACUGUAUAUAGCAACCAACAGUUAGGUGUUAUUUCAGUCCUUGAAGUUAUUGAUUACUCUCUUGUCAAUCGAGUGGGCAGAAUUACUGUUCUUGUCUACAGAGCCAACAGCCCAGGGAGUUGUACAGGCCUGAGUCUCUGAGAGUUUCUCUCUGCCUGUCUGGCUGCUGUUGAGUGAUGCUUGGACAGACUAACCCAAACACAUCAGUGUGUUUUUUAUGUGUGAUCUCCAGUUUAGCCCAGGGCUGCUAUUCCUGGCGUUGUGCUUUCCUUGUGUAAUCAAGUCUUCAGCAGUGAGGUAGGUAGCCCACCUCAGGCUGCUGGUGCUCGGCAGCACAGUCUGUGUGUGUGCACGUGUGUGUACACACAUGUGUGCAUGAGAGGAAGUGUGUGUGUGCGUGCAUGUGUAAGCAUGACUGUGAUAUUGUCUUUCAGUCUCUCACCUUUCAAUGUUAUGUCUCUCGCUCCAACCCUCUCUUUCUCCCUCUUGUCAAUGGAUUAUUGUGGUCAUGUAUUGUAGAGCAUCAGAAGGCUUUCAAACACAGUUUGACACCCAUCUCCUUGAUUGGCUCAUAAACAACCCCUUCCGUUUCCCUAUCAUCCUACCAACAUGGCCCACUGCAGGGGGAGGGAGUAAGGUGCUUAAGUGUAUAAGUGGAGCGUUGGUGCUGACAGAUAAACUUCUCCUCAGUCUGAGAAGGCUGGAGGGGAUAGAGCAGAGGCCCUGAGAGCAGAGCAGGACUGACAUGACAUGAGGAGGGCAGCCAUUUGAGACAUGGCAGUAAUGACAGUCACAAUGACAGGAAGACUGCCACAGUCUGCACGGGGCGAGGAGCAGAGUUGGGUUACACUGGUGUGUUUUUCUAAAGACUCCUCCUGGUGCGCUCAAUGAGUGUUGAAAGCCCAAGCACUGAAUGUCCCUAGGGUGUGUGUGUCUCAGAUCUCCAUUCCUUAUCUUCUCACUGUUCCGUAAGGGCACUUCACUUUCUCUACAGCACAGACCAGGGGGUGGGGAAUUAAUGCUUGCUGUUGCUGUUGAGAUGUAGAUGUCUAGAUUCCUGUCCACUCCUGUCCUGAGAUGUGUGGCUCUGAGUCUCUGGCCACUGGUCGUUGCCUGUCUGUGUAGCUUAUAAGCCAGUGCCUCUGUGAGCCAUAGGACAGACAGACAGACAGACAGCAUCAUGAGGCUCUGAUAAAACACAUUAGGGUUGUGUUGGCGUGAUGACACUCUGCAUCUGGCUAGUGUCUGAUCUCUAUCUCUGGCUAAAUUUAGAACCUGACUGAGUCAUAUUAGACAGUUGGUGGUUUGACUCGUGACUUAUGAGGGAGCGACAGGGCUGGCCCACACCUUCUCACCAUCUCUGAGCUGAGCUGGGUAGAGGAACCAGAGGAGGAGAAAAGGUCACUGUCAAACUCAGGGACUUUCUGCUGCUGUUUUUAGAGGGACAGGACAUUGUGGCUGUGAAGCAGAUAUCAUGUACACGUCGAUGUCAUUAGGUGCGGCAAUGUUUGUUGAUAAAAGAGAUGAGCCCAUUGUGUUAACAGAUGGCCUGGAAGGGUCUUGCCCAGGUAUUACUCACUGUAGGCCUACAUACACUGUACAGCAUUACUGACUGUCACAACUACCUGUAAUGGGCUUCGCCCUCUGUGAGAGUUGGCCUGUUCAGGUGUAAUCACAGACAGAUGGAUGGGCUUGGUUAUGUGCUUUGUAGUUGUAAUUAGAUCUAAAGAAAGAGUGUCUCAAGGCACAACUGCGUUUGUUUACUAAUUGUUGCUAUGUUAGCUGUUGUUAGGGCUCAGAGUGUCUUCAGGUGAGCUAGUCCAAUUUGUGCUCUGUAUAAUGUACAUUUAGGAAGAAGACUUUAUGAAGAAGACAGUGUUAUUAUGCACUUAGCAAAAUAUCCCUCGGUUAGCUUAAAAUAAAUGCUACAAUACAAAACUAGCGCUAACAAUAACCAAUAGCGAUUCUGAUAGAAUGUUUAUUUUCUUAUUUUAACAAAAACUGGUGUGUGUGGAGCGUGCAGGAGCCGGUUUGAACCUGGCACCAGCUUAUGCAACGUUCUACAACAAUGUUUCCCAAACUAGAGGUCGCGACCCCAAGUGGGGUCGCCUAAUUAGAAAAUUAUGACAGAAACUAACAUUUAAAAAAAUCACACUUGGUUCAUAGAACCAGGGUUACGCCAUUAACCUCCUGUAGCCACAAGAUGCAGUUGUAAUAAACAGAGCGGUUUCUGUUUUCUUCAUACAAAUAUGUCUCUAUCUUUUGAACGGUUUAAGCUGUGGCGGAGAACCUGGGCCUUAUCACAAUGCAGAGUGCAGGCUAGUUGAAAACAGCUUGAUUUCUGGGAUUGGACACAGAGAACCUGGGCCUUAGAGAACCUGGGCCUUAUCACAAUGCAGAGUGCAGGCUAGUUGUAAACAGCUUGAUUUCUGGGGUUGGACAUAGAUGCUGACUCAGCUGUCGCGUUAAGACGGUACAAGUCAACACGGCAGUCACGCUUUGGUGGAAUUGGAAUACAAUGGGAUAAUAUUGCCUGAAACUGGAAAUGUGCUUACAGUGUAUUGCCAAAACGUAUUAUCCAGCCUACUGUUGCUCUUUGUUAGUUUAUGGCAUGUGUCUGAAAAUAGCUGUGGUGUUAUCAGGUCCGGUAGUGUCUAUGUUUCGUCUGUAGAUGAGUUACUCUGUGGAGCUAAGCUCCGCUCUCAUACUGAGAUGUGUUUCUGUGGGUCUCCGCCUCUCCUCAAGUGCUCCCUAAUCCUAUUUAGUGCUAUUAUCUUAUCUCCUCCUUUCAAUGACAGAGAUAGCAUUAUCCUCCGAAUCACACACUAUCCAGUUGGCUCUCUAGCCAGAGAGGGAGAGGGAGGCUGCUCCUGAUGUGCUGUUGGAUUCUGCUUCCAUAGACUAGAGCUGUGCAAUGAAUGUGUCUGUGGCAUGGGGUGGUAGUUAGUGUUACACUGGCUGUAUAGGGUUCUCAAUCCUGCACACAAUGAGACUGCGUUAAUAAGUAUUGCUGGGGACAGACACAGACUGUUGUGAAAAUAUCAGCGCCGUUCCGAUAUCUGGUUUUGGCUUACUCGUCCUCAAUUCACCCUGUUGAUCCCUCUCACUGACAAUCACCACACAUCACACACCAACACAGAUCCACAGCUCCAACUGAAUACUCUGCAAAGUGAAUGAUGCCAUCAUCUUUUGUCAUUGACUAUGCCAGUUUCCUGACUAUCCUGUCCACAUCCUGUUCUGACUCUGUUGUUUUUCUCCCUUGUUUUGUUGCAGUAUCACCGAAACCAAAGGAACAUGAGGCCCUUGUGGUGGCGCCUGGCCUCAGCUCUGCUCACCCUGCUGUUUGAGCAGGAGGCCAUCGCUGGAAGGGGGAGGUGAUAGAGAGGACCAGCCCAGACCACCCCUCUCCCACAGGGACUGGACUCCUAAUGGCACUGUCAAAUUUAACACGGGUCUGUUGGGGGAAAAGAAGAAGAGAGAAAAGGUCACCGCAGGACGGAGACAACCAUUUUUGUACAAGGUAGAUUUUUUCCAAGAAGAUGCCAUGUUGUUUCACGAGAUUCCUCUACUGGACGAUGUCCUUAUUUUGGUAAUUGUGUGAUGUAGUAUUUUGUACAGUACAUUAUUCCUGUUGAAUUUGUUUGCACUUCCGUAUAUGUACAUCUUGUAUGGCCUCCAUACACCUGGGAAUGCCUUAUCAAUGUCUCCUGCCACAACCCAACAACUGUUGACAUGAACCAAGCAGAAUAAAGCAAGAGAUGGAGGGAUCUGAAGAAGGAAAAGAAGAGUGGUUCAUGGGGUUUUCUUUUCUGAAGUUUCCCAGGAAAUAAUCGGUCAGACUUCAUAACUUACAAAUUUCCAAAGACACAGUUUCUCAGAACAAAGCAUUUUGCACCUCAACUCGUCCUUCUCCUCAAUGGGGUUGUGUAUACUGUUAUAAUACUGUUAUAUUACAUGUUGAUUUUUCUUUGCUCUUCCAGUCACUUUCAUUGCAUUGAUUUAAAUAAUUUUUGUUUUUCCCUGUGUCACCAAAAGUAAUAACAACAAAAUGGUGGAGCACUCAGUGGCUUCUAAAAUUGUUAUUUUUGAUUUAUUAGGAUCCCCAUUA